CGGUGUAUUUGUCGAGCACUCCCUGAUAGAUAGUUUCCACCUUGUUUUCCUCUCAUUAUGUUUAAAAAUCAUGUUCUCCUCCUCCAUAUUUCUCGUGUCAUGUCUUUUUAUCGCCUGAAGUGCCUGGUGAGGCAGUUUAGCACAGCCUGGAAGGCUCAGCUCAGGGGGAAACGCCCGCCCCCAAAGCGUCCGCGCAAAGGGGGGUCGGACUGGCGCCUACGGUGGUGAUGCUGCUGGCUGGCGACGCAGUCGGGUAGCCGACCAGCUACUUGUCCGGCAGGAGGAGGGACAUGGAAGCCGAGGAAGACUGGAACAAAAAGCUGAAUGCACACAAACUACGGGAUAAAAAGGUGCCCUGCAAGCGUAAUGGACGGAUUGGUGUAGUGAGAAGCCUUCACAGCCUGUUGAAAAGCCAGACCACGCUGCAGAUUCACUCCAUCACGCGCUCAGAGUGUGCUGGCUCCUGUCCAGAUCUGAUGAUGAGUAGAAGCGAGCACAUUGAUGCAAGGCCCGUCCCCGUGGCCCUCACCCCCCAACUCCCCCCCAGAGCUCACCGGCCCCUCUGCAUGUCGAUCUCCUCUGACAGCAGCGGACGCUUCAAGGCUCUGGAGACACAGGAAUGGAAGAACAACCUCAAAGCUCAGAUGGAGCAGGCCCACAGUGCAGGAGCUGCUAGCAGCACUGGCUCUCUGGAGAGAGCGUCCCUGUUCUGUGCCUCGGCUUCCACCACAGCGUCCAACUCUGGCCUGUCCAGCCCAAUUGAGAUUCUUAACAAGAACAAAUCCUCCAGCCGCUUCUCCCUGUUCUCUCCACCCUGGAACAGCAGUUCAGAGUCUGACUCCAAUCCUCCAUCCCGUUCAGGCUCCAAGAAGCUGCGUAACUACAGCAGGAGAGCUGCCACGGGGCCGGCCGGUGCCAGGGGCCCCGACACACCUGAGGCCAAAUCCAGCGGCCCAGAACACUUCCAGUAUUCUGAACCUGUCAUCUCCAAAGUGACGGACUACAUCUAUGUGGGCAAUCUCAAUGCUGCAUAUAACGGGCGCACGCUGUGCCGCAACAACAUCGACAGCAUCAUUGACAUGAGCUGCAUGCCAGGAGAACCGGGCCCCAUUCUCAACCUCAUACCAUGCACCUGCUCACGUGGGGCCCGCCACAGCUGGUCACGCCUCAAGGUGGACAUCGGAGAUGUGCCAGACGCUCUGGGUGAUGGCCCGGCCCUGAAGCAGCGCUGCUUUGAGGAUAUCAACGAGUGCAUCGACGCCUCCACUGAGAGGAGGAAGCGCGUCCUGGUGCAUUGUCGAGAUGGGUUCUCCCUCGCUCCAACAUGUAUCAUCCAGUACCUGAUGGUGAAACAGAACAUGAGACUGAUAGCUGCCUACGAGCUCCUGAGGGCCAAAUACCCAGUCAACAUCAGGGAGUGCCACCAAAAUGUGCUGGUGAGUCUGGAGAGGGCACUGCGGCCUGGUGGCAACGUCGACCCAGAGUGCUUCAAACAGGCCAUCUCACGCAAAGUGGCAUGGACCUGACUCAAGGCUCUCUUAAUUCCUCUGUCCUCCUGUGGUAUAGAUAUUUUCCUAAAGACAACCAGUGGCAGCUGUACUUUCCCCUGUGGGCUGCUCACCUGGAUGUUGUUGUCCACGCUUGAUUUCGGUGGUUGUAAAAGUUCUGAACUUGAUGUUUUUACUCUACAAACCUGUAAAUGUGACCUGGCUGUGAUGCCCAUCCCCCACCGAGCUGCUAAUGCAAUAGACUCUACUGUAAUGUGUACAACUUGUUGAUUUAACAGUGUGAUAGUGUUGACUAUACAGGUGAUGCAGUCCUGCUUCAGUUAUUUGUCAUGCUGUUGUACUGGUGUUUUAUAUCAGGGGAACUGCUCAGGAGAUUACUGAUGUCAGUCCAGUACAGGGUGAGAAACUCAUUUGAUCAGUCUGUGUUCACACCUGGCACUAAAAGUCAUCUUGUGAGCUGUGUGUAGAGCAGUCAGGCUUGGACAGAGUCACUGGUGUUCACAGCAGGAAGAUGUGAUACCACAUGUGGAAAACUACACUCACGUUCUGAUGCAGGUCAAAUUUACUUUUGUCAGCAUUCAGUAGGAUGGACAAUUAAAGCAGUUGUAGGCAGCAGUAGGUAGCAGUAGGAGCUUCAGCCUUCAGCCUUCAUUAAUAUUUUCUCUGCCAAAAGUGAAGGCAAAAUAUCCCUGAUACGAAUGCUGCCACCUUGUUCUGAUGGCAUCAUUUGGAGCCAGAGUCUGUGCAGUAGUGAUCGGGGGUGGAGCUGCGGUAUUGAGUUCCUGCCCACACACCCGACUGAGCCAAUCAGGAGCAGCACUCAGCUGUCCGUAAUGUUUCAACCCCUUUUAAUGGCAUCAAAUAGCUAAUUAAAACCAAACCGAUCAGACAAAUGUACACUUGAACAAACGUCAGUGUGAUAAGAUCAACCUAAAGUGACAGACACUAUCUUUUGAAAAAAUGUAUUUGAUGUGUAUUUUGAGUUUUUAGUUUGGCACAUGUCCCAUCUGCUAACAUCGAAGGGGAGUAGUUUAUGAGGUAUACAGCAUCCAGCCACCAGGGGACAGCCAGACAUUUGGGCUUCAUAUCAUUCAUCUUCAUAUCUAGUUUAUUGAUCCCUUGGGAUCAAUAAAGUAUUUAUCUAUCUAUCUAGUCAGUGGUUCAGUAUAUCAACUUGAAAAGGAAAUGACAUACCAGUGUUUUAUUCACAACUUUUUUCUGCUGCCCCCAAGUGGCCAAAAUUCAGUUAGUGCAGAUUUAAAGAGGGAGAAAUAAGAGAGCAGAUUAUUCAUUCUGCUGCUGGGCUGAGACACAACAUGCAGAUGCAAUGUUGCUCCAUGGCACCUCUAGUGGUGAAAUAAUGCAUUGCUACUAUGAGACGUGGAUGCACUCGUCAGUGCCCCCACUGAGAGGAGGAAAUGUGUCCUACUGUGUUGGUGAGACAUGUUCUCUGUGACUCCAGAAUCCAGAAUGUGAGGCUGACAGCUCCUCGGUUUUGAUGGCUCCAGUUAUUAGCUGUUUCUCCCCCUGCAGUAAAAUCAAAAUGGGUUCAGUCACAGCAGAUGCAUUUCAGAUAGAUGGAUAGAUAGAUGGACCUUGUUUAAAGAAUUUCUCUUCGGGGAUAAAUUCUGAUUCUGAUUUAUCAAUCCCAGCCUGGGAAAUUUCACUAGAAACAUUUCUGAUGCCAGAUGUGAACUGCAGCCUGCUUGUACAUUUCGAUGUAAUCUUCAAAGAUGUGACAAUGAAGGAAGUAACUGGACAACAGUUGUUGGGAGCUUUUCUUUUAUUCCUAAAUAAAUAAUAAAUUCCUAAAAUCAUUUUUAAAGGUAAACAGGUUGCUGGAAUGUUGCUGGAAGGUUAGCUGGUUUCCAUUCCUGUUGAAACAAAGCUACUGCUCUGCUGCUGAGGACUCCGACAGGUGAUCUGUCACAACUCAAUCGAUUGCCACUGCCUGGAUCACGUCUCUGAUCAGUCUCCUUCUAUUGCAAGAGGGAUAUUUGCACAUGGAGACGUUUUAAAUCUGACCUGCUUCUUUGUGACCUUCUCCUACUGCUUUUUAUUUUUAUUUUAUGUAUGUGUGUGUCUGUCUGUGUUUUCUGAGCUCACACCUGAUGAAAGAUGAGCAGCCCUACAUGUCCUCUGUGAGGAAGGCUGCAGCCCCUUCUUCAGCCAUGCUGGUCUGUUGGAAUUUCUUCAGUGUUGUUUGGACUGGCUUGGUGAACUUCAGUGAGUGCAGUCAAGCUGGCUGAUGUGCAUCUCUGUGGAUUAUCAGUAUUAGUGUAUUGGCACCACUGAAGUGCAGUCCAGGCUUUGCAUUACGAGAUGAAUUGAUUUUGCACUACUGGCAGGGUUGUCCAAAAUGCAGAGUAUUUCCUUCUUUUAAUAUUGUUUGAAGGAGUAUUUUGGCUUUCACAUCUACAAGCGACAAAUAACUCAGCUCUGAGUUGUUUUACAUGCUCAUUAGAACCUCCAGAUUAAAGGAACAGUUCAAUUAAAGUAUUCACACUGAUGACCUCCACAUUAUUUGUUUAAUGUGUGCAGCCACCACCAAAAGGAGACAUGUUUUAGUCUCAGCAUGAUCUCACACGUCUCAUCCAGAGACGUAUACAGAAAUGUUUUUCCACAGAUGUUGUCUGGUCUCACAGUCCAACCACAAUCUCAGCUUGUUCUGUCUAAACCCCAACAUAUUCAACUUAGAGUGAAACAGAAAACCAGCAGAUGGAAGAUGUUUGCUAUUGCUGCCUCAAUAAAUGACUCAAAAGAUUAAACAAGCUCA